GAACUUACACAGAUCCUGAUACUCAAUAAGAAGAUUUCGCUGAAAGUCCUUACCAUCCACUCUUCUCUACUCAACUAUCCCAUCUCAGACUUACUGACCAGAAGACACCUGAGUCCACGUGCUCUGCUUUCACACCUCAAAGUUCUUCUUCAACACGGAAAUGCGUUAUUCUAGGACUUGUCUGGCUGUGGGCUGUCUUUUAAUAUGGAUAUGCUGUUGCUGCACACCAGUUCGACCAUUUUCCCGUGCUUACCUGGACAUGGUAGAGGAUCUUAAAUCAGACAUGAUGAUGCCCUUCAACGGUGACAAGCAUGUUGAAGCCAGUAUGAUAGAUUUCAAUCGGAUCCGAAACAAAAUGAAACAAGAUAAUAAAAGGACAGCUGCUAUGGGAGUUGAUCUACCUGAUUACAUCCUUCACUAUAAGGGCGGAUGGCCUGACCUGUCAUCCUUCAGAGAACGGAUGCAGAAAAGCGGAAGAAGAUGAAUUAUGUUGUUUUUUCUCGGAAGGAUGAAUCAAUCUUCUUGGUGUAUUAUUCUUAAUAUUUAAUCAGUGUAGAAUAUAUUCUUAUGUUUCCCAUUAUGUAAAACUGUCGAACAUGUACGAUAAAGAAUAUUUAAAUAAAUGACACCAACCUGCAUGUAUAUAAAA